CUUCCGCCGCGAGUCUUUUUCCAACACAAGGUUCCUGGCUGACGGAGCGGUCAGAUAGGCCACAGGCACUAUGGGGUCCGGCUGGAUUUGCGGACGGAAGAUGCGCUGGGGGCUGCCUUUCGGCGGCGCCACGCUGCUCCUGCUGCUCCUCCCGGCGGCCGCGGGGCAGAAUUCUCCCGGAGUGGCUUGUUCCCAGAACACAAACAGGACCUGCCAGGAGUGCCUGAAAAAUGUCUCUUGUCUUUGGUGCAACACCGACAACACGUGCCUGGACUACCCGGUGACAAAAAUCCUGCCGCCUGCUUCUCUUUGUAAGCUGAGCUCCGCACGCUGGGGCGUGUGCUGGGUGAAUUUUGAGGCGUUGAUUAUCGCCAUGUCGGUGAUCGGGGGCCUCAUCCUCCUGGCGGUCGCCGUGUGCUGCUGCUACUGCUGCUGCGGGAAGAAGAAGAGCCGGAAGCCAGACAAAAGCGAGGAGAAGGCCAUGAGGGAGCAGGAGGAGAGGAGGAUACGGCAGGAGGAAAGGAGAGCAGAGAUGAAGUCAAGGCAUGAUGAAAUCAGGAAGAAAUAUGGUCUGUUUAAAAACGAAAACCCCUAUGCCAGAUUCGAAAACAACUAGAGCACGCUUCCUGCCGCGUCGAGCAGUCCCGGAGCCACUCCUGGGGACAGCAGUCUGCCGACCCACCCGGCUGCCCCCUGACCUCGAUGACAUGAGCACGGUGCAGCCGCCCCGAGAACGGUCCUGUCCUUGUCCCAUGAGCUUCUGUGCCCUCUUCUGUUUCUGUAUUUAGUCACUCGAGAUACUAAGCCUGGGAAGGGAAGGAGGUUGCUUUUGUUCCUGCUGUUCAUCUGAGGGGGAGUCGUGCGCCUUUCAUUUCUGGGCCUGCAAGCCGACCGCAGGCGGACAGCCCGCACCACUAACGCCCCUCCUGCCGCGGCAGCGGCGGGCCCUCUUCCCACCCGCCCGCCCGCCCACUAACAAGCCUCACACAGCAACCAGGGGGCGUCGCCCUUACCUGUGACCUGGGGGGGUUGUCCAGUCCCUGGUCUGUCCCCCAAAGCCACAGGGGUGGGUGCACCAGCUCCCACAUGUCAGCGCUGGUGCUUUCUGCAUCAGGCCCUGCGCUGCGGCAGUGACCCUGCCUCCUGCUGCAGUUGCCAUGAAAAGCAUCGAGGAUGAAACUCACUUGAAAUCUUUUUAAAAAUCGUUUCUGGAGUUUAUUUCCCCAUCUAAGAGAUUUCACGGUCCAUGUUGAGACUGCUUAUUGUAUGAUUUUUAAAUUUGUACCUUCACUAGCACAUGAAGAUUCCUGUCCAAUGAAAGCCUGAAUUGUAAGGGGAGUUUUGACACAACCUGCCUAAGGCGGUGGGCGGGCGCUGCCACGCACCAGCACGCAGCUCAGGAGUUGCGUGCUGGUGCGUGAGCUGCCCUGCUCGUUCUCCUUAGCCCCUGUCAGCAGUUGCUGGUCCCGGGUGUAGUCGCGUGUCCUGUGAGGAGCCCUCACGGGGUCUCUGAGACUCUUCCUGCUGUCGGACUGUGUGCCAGCCCGCAGGAGGAAGGCACAUGCCCUGGGCAGCCCCUCUGUGGGGCUCUGCACUGGGAAGUGGGGUGUCCAGGGCCAGCCGGGGGAAUCUCCACACACUACACAGACACACUGGUGGCUGUCCUGCUUAUAGGAUGGCUCCGGCUCUGAGCCACGCUCCUUUGGCUCGGAUGUGUCAUGAGACUUUCCUUUGUAAGUGGCUUCCCAUAAAGUCAUUGGCGGCCUCCAGGUGCCCUCUGGCACCCUGUAUGCCGGUUCCAUUUCUUCCAGAUCAAGAGACGCGGCCUCAGUAAUAGACUGAGCGUGUGGCAGGGACAGCAGCAGACAAUGAAGUGGCGGGGGAGCGGCCUUUCUUAAACCCGAACACACUCCCGCUGCCGGGUCUCUUUGAACUGGAAAAGCAUUCGGCUCCGGGAAAGUAGGCUGGCAGGCACAGAAAGGAAGCCACGCGCUCGCUGUUCACACUCCUGCUGCUCUCGUGCCGACAGACAACGUCCACGCGCAGAUGAGGACGGCCAGAGCGGCUCGCCGGGUCUCUACCGCGGAGAGCCACACCAGGAAUAGCAUUUCCACAAACCGAGAGACUAACCUUGAGCAGCGUCUGUAGUCUUUAUCUCUCUGACUUCUUGGGCAUUUCACAGCAACUUCAAGUAUUACUAAACAUUCCUUAGCAUUUUAAAGCAGCCUUAAAACUUUGACUUAAGAUACAUAGAAGAAACUUUGUAACCCACGUUAACGGAACUUUGUACUUCAUGCAGUAGCUAGUCUGUACGUAAAACCACUCAGAGUAGGUUGCUGAGCUGAAGGUAGGGAUCGUUAAAUGCAGUGACUAAUCUUUCACGAGACAUGGAGCCCUCACCAGGGUGUCUGAAAGGCCAUCCCAGCACAUAUGCUUUUCUCUGAAAUAGUACUGAAAGCAGCUAGAAAUGAUAACCUCAAGAAACCAUACAGUUUGCAGUGCCUUAACUUGUAACCACUUUCUGGUAAAGGAUUGAAUACAUGCUUUUACUGAAUAUA